AUGGUCCCCCGUCGCCGCUAUAGCCGCCGGUUUGCUGCCUUCGCCGCCGCCGUCGCCCUCUUCUUCCUGUACCAUGUCUUCACGCUCCAGUCCGAUCUCCAACCCCAACGACAACCCGCCCCCAGCAGCGCUGGCCGCGCCGACCGCGCCGACCCUCAAAAUGCCGGCGAGCCCGCUCCGUUCUGUCCCCCUCUCCCGGGAAUUGAGGAUGUGCUGGUUGUGAUGAAGACCGGCGCGACCGAAUCCAGGGAUAAGGUCCCGGUUCAUUUCCAGAGCACGCUGCGCUGCAUCCCUCACUAUGUGAUAUACUCCGACUUCGAGGAGGUAAUCGAGGGCGUGCAGCUCCAUGAUGUGCUCCGCAGUAUGGACCCCAAGGUGACCCAACAGAUUCCCGACUUCGACAUCUACAACCGCAUCGCGAAGCUCGGGCGCAAAGGCCUCGAGCAGGACGACUUCGCGGACGAGGCAAACUCCGCCAUUGGCAAGCCGAAUAACCCGGGCUGGAAACUGGACAAGUGGAAGUUCUUGCCGAUGGCGCAGGAGGCGCUGCGUUACAAGCCCAAUGCCAAGUGGUUCGUCUUCAUGGAGGCCGAUACCUACGUCUCAUGGCCGACCCUGCUGGCCUGGCUCAGCCACUUCGACCACACACAGCCGUGGUAUCUGGGCACGGAGACGCAGAUCGCGGACGUGAUCUUCGCCCACGGCGGCUCGGGCUUCAUGCUCUCGAAUCCGGCCCUCCAGCGCGCGUCCGACCAAUACGACGCCCGUCGCGCCGAGCUCGACCACUACACGGAUGAGCACUGGGCAGGCGACUGCGUCCUGGGCAAGGUCCUGGCUGACGCCGGCGUCGACCUGCACUUCACCUGGCCAAUCCUGCAGAACUCAAACCUCGGCGAGCUGGAUCAGUUCACAACCGACCUAUACCGACACCCAUGGUGCUAUAUAGCCGUAGCAUUCCACCACCUCAACUCGCGCGAGAUCGAAGAGCUCUGGAAAUUCGAGCAGAAGCGCUGGCGCGAUAAAAACAAGCACAUCCUCCUGCAUAGCGACGUCUUCCGCGAAUACCUCUACCCCGAAAUAGCCUCUCGGCCGACAAGACUCAAUUGGGAUAACUUGGCCGACGACAAACAGCCUUUCGCCUCGACAUUCGAGGACUGCCGCGAGAUCUGUGAGGCGCAGAAGACCUGCGUGCAAUUCUCCUUCCGCGACAGUAUGUGCUUCACAGGCACCAAUCCACGCCUCGGCUCUGCGAAUCCCACCGCUGCAUCGGGCUGGCUGACGAGUCGGAUCCGAGAGAUGAUGGAUAUGAAUGGGAUAUGCAAGGAGCCCGAAUUCGGAGCCGGCUAG